UGAAUGUCGCAGGAGGAACGGAUGGAGAAGAAACUCAUCGCCCUUUUAAUUUGAGAAGAGCAAGUGACGGCCUGAAAACUCAGUUAGCCGGUCUUCUAAAAGGUUUAGAGGAGUAAAAAAUUCAGGAGUCGGCCGCGUGGAGGAGUAAAUAUACUCGAUCUCGACAGCAGUGAGUAUAAUUUUGGCUCUUCCACCUGCGCCAGUGUUCUCUCUCGCCACCCCUACGCCGCCGACCACCAAAGGCCUCUUGUGACACCCUGCACUCUCCGCCGCUCUCCCGCACCAUUCACUGAUAAUCGACGUCGCUGGAAUCAACUAGUAUCUUCUUUGCUGCUAUUGUGUCGAUUUCUCCAAUUUGAUGCAAAACGGAGCCGCAUCGAGCUCGAUGUUGUCCAAGACGGAGCUGGUGAUGGACAGAGAUGCCGUAGUUCGGCCACAACAGAGCUAGCAGCGCCAGAAUCGAGAGGUGGGUAAGCAAAAUCCCGACUGGCGUAUUUCGACCGAGGUGAGCUUGGUGUGCGACCGACGACCGAUGUUGGAGUCGGAUCUUCGUCCACCGAGCGUCGUCAGUCGUCUUGCAACCCGCGGGGCGGCGUUCAGCUUCGGCGCCAGCUCUAGAUUCGAUCUCUGCCACGGAGGCCCUUCAUGAACGCAGCAGAAGAGAGGAGAUUACUGGUCCAAGAGGAUGGAGAUCAUCAGGCGCUCCUUCUUCCUUCCCUGGAUGCAAGGCUUUACACAGGUGAUGGGUCCGUUGAUAUCAAAGGACGUCCUGCAGCAAGGCGCACCACGGGCAAUUGGAGAGCAUGCUUCUUCAUCCUAGGGACCGAGUGUUGUGAGCGUCUGGCCUACUAUGGAAUUGCAUGUAACCUAGUCACUUACCUCAAAAUAAAGCUUCAUCAAGGCAAUCUUGAAGCUGCAAGAAAUGUUGCCACUUGGGGAGGGACAUGUUAUCUGACACCUCUCAUUGGAGCCAUCUUAGCAGAUUCAUACUGGGGAAAGUAUUGGACUAUCGCUGUUUUCUCAUCAGUUUAUUUCAUUGGUCUGGCUGUUUUAACGCUCUCAGCAUCAGUUCCAGCACUUCAACCAUCUCCAUGUUCAGGAUCUGUUUGUCCAGAAGCAAGCUUACUUCAGAAUGGCUCUUUUUUCCUGGGUCUCUAUAUGAUUGCCCUAGGGACUGGAGGAAUCAAACCUUGUGUAUCUUCUUUUGGAGCUGAUCAAUUUGAUGAUACUGAUCCAACAGAGAGAGUAAAGCAGGGUUCCUUCUUCAAUUGGUUCUAUUUCUGUAUAAACACCGGUGCAUUCAUAUCAAGCACUGUUAUUGUUUGGAUACAAGAUAACUCAGGUUGGGGAAUUGGAUUUGCCAUUCCCACUAUGUUUAUGGCAUUGGCUAUUGCAAGCUUCCUUUCAGCCUCAAAUAUGUAUAGAUUUCAGAAAUCUGGUGGGAGUCCACUUACAAGAGUGUCACAGGUCGUUACUGCUGCAUUCCGUAAGUGGCAUGUCCAAGUACCGCAUGAUGCUUCUCUUCUCUAUGAAGUUCAGGGUCAAUAUUCAGCAAUAGAGGGAAGCCGGAAGCUGGAACACACAAGUGAAUUUCAAUUUCUUGACAAGGCUGCCAUCAUCUUAGAUGGUGAUGCGAAGAGUGACCUUCUUGUAAACCCAUGGAGAGUAUGCACAGUCACCCAGGUGGAAGAACUAAAGAUCAUAGUAAGAAUGUUCCCUGUUUGGGCAACUACUAUUAUAUUCGGCGCGGUUUAUGCUCAGUUUUCCGUGUUCAUAGAGCAGGGAAUGGUUCUUGAUAGGCGGAUUGGAUCUUUCAAUAUUCCUCCUGCGUCCCUCCUAACUUUUGACGGAAUCAGUGUCAUGAUCUGGAUUCCAAUUUAUGACCGUGUUCUCAUACCCAUAGCUAGAAAAUUCACUGGAAGGGAAAAGGGUUUCUCUGAUCUACAGCGGAUUGGCAUUGGACUGGUCCUGUCCAUUGUGGCCAUGGCAUGUGCAGCUCUUGUUGAGUUGAAGCGCUUAGAAAUUGCCAGGUCUGAAGGUCUUAUCCAUGAUAAUGUUGCUGUGCCAAUGAGCAUUCUUUGGCAAAUACCACAGUAUUUCUUUGCUGGUGCUGCGGAGGUCUUUACUGCUAUAGGUCAACUUGAGUUUUUCUACGAUCAGGCCCCGGAUGCCAUGAGGAGCUUAUGUGCUGCAUUUGCACUCAUUACGGUUUCAGCUGGAAGCUACUUAAGCUCAAUCUUAUUGACCAUAGUGUCAUACCUUACAACUCAAGGAGGAGAUCCUGGAUGGAUCCCAGAUAACUUGAAUGAAGGCCAUCUUGACCGGUUCUUUUGGUUGAUUGCCGGGAUCAGCUUUGUUAAUUUUUUGGUUUACAUUGGUUGUGCAAUGAGAUAUAAAUAUAAGAAUGUGUGAUGGCUAUAGUUUCUUGUAAUUUGAGAUUUCAUAUUCAUGAAGCAUUGCAUUGUAUUGA